GAUGGACCACCUCACAAAUGGUUAUAAAGUCAUACCCACUUCUCCCACAAUGACCACAACAAAUGACCAAGCAUGAACUAAAGUGCCAGAAUUGAUUGUGGUGGGACAUCUUUCCCUGGAAAUAAGUAAAAUGGAACAUAAUGGGUCUGCUUCAAAUGCUGAUAAAACCCAUCAGAAUCGCCUCUCAAGUGUUACAGAAGAUGAAGACCAAGAUGCUGCUCUUACCAUUGUGACUGUGCUGGACAAAGUAGCCACCAUCGUGGACAGUGUGCAGGCAAGCCAGAAAAGACUAGAGGAGAGACACAGGGAAAUGGAAAAUGCCAUAAAAUCUGUCCAGAUUGACCUGUUGAAGCUUUCACAGUCACACAGCAAUACGGGCUACGUCAUUAACAAGUUAUUUGAGAAAACUCGAAAAGUCAGUGCUCACAUUAAAGACGUGAAGGCCCGGGUGGAAAGGCAGCAAAUUCACGUGACAAAAGUUGAAUCCAAGCAAGAGGAAAUAAUGAAGAAAAACAAAUUCCGUGUGGUAAUAUUCCAGGAGAAGAUUCGGUGUCCAACAUCCCUGUCUAUUGUUAAAGACAGAAACCUAACUGAGAAUCAAGAAGCUGAAAGUGAUGUCUUUGACCCUCCAGUAGAACUGUCUUCGGAUGAAGAGUAUUAUGUUGAGGAAAGCAGAUCUGCCAGGCUUAGAAAGUCAGGCAAGGAGCGCAUUGAUAAUAUCAAAAAGGCAUUUUCCAAAGAAAAUAUGCAGAAGACGCGGCAGAAUUUUGACAAGAAAGUGAACAGAAUUAGAACUAGAAUAGUGACCCCGGAGAGGAGAGAAAGGCUAAGGCAGUCGGGAGAAAGGUUAAGACAGUCGGGAGAGAGGCUGAAACAGUCAGGGGAAAGGUUUAAGAAAUCCAUUUCUAACGCAGCUCCCUCAAGGGAAGCUUUUAAGAUGCGUAGCCUGCGGAAAGCUAAAGACCGAACUGUGGCUGAAGAUGCAGAAGAGGUCAGGGAGAUGGGUGUGGACAUCAUUGCCAGGAGUGAGUCUCUGGGCCCCAUCACUGAGCUCUACACUGAUGAGCUCAGUGAAACAGACCGUGAGGAGGCCAGGGCGGUGUAUCCUCCCACAGAAGGAGGGGAAAUCUCAACCCCCGAGCCUUUAAAAGUUACUUUUAAACCCCAGGUGAAAGUGAAAGAUGAUGAAUCUCUUUUGUUAGAUUUAAAGCAGUAAUCAUAAGGAAGAACUAAGAUUAUAAGUAUAAAUCUCUUUAAUCACAAGGUUCUAGUUUAAUAACAUAGUCACUUACACUGAUGACGUAGUGUUGUCAUUUACAUUUAUAAAAUAGUGUAGUCAUUUACAUUUACUUAUGGGAAAACAUGAAUGAUACAGCUGGUUUCAUUUCUGAUAUUUAAAAUCUUAAAAAUAACACAAGUAUUCUAUAUAUUUCCUUAUAAUUUCCUUGGGAAUUCUUUUUACCUUCUUUGGGCUAACAACUUUUCCUUUUAUGUCAUUCUCAUGGCAGCUGUGGAUUUUUAAGUUCCUUUCUCUUGCCUAGCAGAAAAAUAGUUUCCUAGUGAGGGCCAAUUAGGUAUUUGGUGUCUAAAACAAAUGAAGGGUAAAUUUGUGGCCAUCAUUUGUAAGUUAACGCUCAAUUUUGGCCUAGCCUGAUGUGGCCAAGCUCCAAGGAUAAUAACCUACGUGUGGAUUAUAUCAUCCGUAUGUUCAAAUAGAUUCAUUAGUAGGUUAGUAGUUACCUUUUUUGAUGCUUUUACAUAAAAAAGGUGAAAUUCUGGA